ACUGCCUCAACAUCCUGAGUCUACUGCAGAGGAACCUCCAGUCACAGCACCAUGACCCAAAGUGCUGUUCUUAUUUUCUGCCUUAUCCUUUUGACUCUGAAUGGAGCUCAAGGAGUACCUGUCUCUAGAACUACACGCUGUAUGUGCAUCAAGAUUAGUAAUCAACCUGUUAAUACACGGUCUUUAGAAAAACUUGAAGUGAUUCCUGCAAGUCAAUCUUGUCCACGUGUUGAGAUCAUUGCUACAAUGAAAAAGAACGGGGAGAAAACAUGUCUGAAUCCAGACUCUAAGGUCAUCAACAAUAUACUGAAAGCAAUGAGAAAGAAAAGGUCUAAAAGAUCUUCUCGAACACAGAGAGAAGCAUAAUCACUGCACUACUGAUAAGGAUGGACCAUCAGUUCCUUAUAGACAGUAUAUGUCAAGCCCAAAUUGUCCCUGGAUUGCAGUUCUCCUAAAAGGUGACCAACCACAGUCACCAGAUUAGCUGCUAUUACUCCUGCAGGGAAGCGGAUGAUGGUUCAUCAUCCUGAGAUGUUCAGUAGUAACUCUGCCCUGGUACUUAUACUAUAAGCUAUGUUUAUUCUUAGUGAAUGUGCCAAGUGCUAGCCCUCAUCUUCCUACCUUCUAAAUGUUAUUAGGAGAUCUUUCUCCCUCUGGGCUUAGCAGAGUUCUUAGGAUCUCAAAUAACUAAAAGGAAUAAAAUAAAAAUGAUAACACAAUGGGCUUCUUUCUACUGCCAUACUCCAAAGGGGCUCAGAUUCUUCUGGUGGUUGUAUGUUUAUGUAUAUUUCAAAAUACAUAGAAGCAGCUAGAAAUGUCUGAAAAUGU